AGCCGAGAGGCCCGGGGGCGUGACGCUGGGACCCUCGUUAGUAGAAAAGCGAUCCGACAAAGUGGAACUCAACUUCAAAAUCUCCGUGGGGAUUGGAGUUGAUGCCCGGAGGGCGGAUCCCGACGCCCACGUCCCUGGCCAAUCAGCGCCUGGGAUUCUCUGAGAGACGGAGAAGGGGAGAGGGGCGAGUGGCUCUGUGGUCACAUGCCGCGGGGUCUGGUGGGAGGGACGGUCGCCCAGCGGCGCCCGGCGCUUCCUGUUUCCGGUUCCCGGAGUGGAGCUCAACGAGGCGCCUGGCGGGGACCCUGGCUCUGCCACGAGCUCUGGGACCGGGGUCUGCGGCCGGCCCCUCGCAGGCCCUGUCUCCCAGCCGCGGGUAGUUAUUCAGUCGGGGAUUCUGAGCUUUGGCUGCUCCCUUUGCCCGCGAUACGAAGCUUCUGCCCUUGGGCCGUAGGCUUCUGCCUUGAGGCUUUAACAACACUGCGCGUUUCAGCUAGCUAAGGCUGCUCUUCUGAAAGUGUAGUCUGCUGGAGACGGGAGAUAGGGCCGCCGCAUCAGAAAUGAGUCGGAGAGAAGAAAGUAGAAAUACCAUUGAAAAACGGAAAAUGCUCAUGGCUGGUUAAAGGGUGGGGGAAGAUGCGCCCCUUCUGCCGCUCCUGGAGGACCGGACCGCUCCUGCUCCUGCUGCUGGCCGGGGCGGUGAGGGACUCCUGGCAGACGGAAGAAAAAACAUGCGACCUGGUGGGAGAAAAGGGUAAAGAGUCAGAGAACGAACUGGCUCUGCUGAAGAGGCUGAAGCCGCUGUAUAACAAAAGCUUUGAGAGCACCGUGGGCCAGGGCUCAGACACGUACGUCUACAUGUUCAGGGUGUGCCGAGAAGCUGGCAACCACAGCUCCGGGGCAGGCCUGGUGCAGAUCAGCAAGAGUAGCGGGAAGGAGACAGUCGUGGGGAGACUCAACGAGACUCACAUCUUCAAUGGAAGUAAUUGGAUCAUGCUGAUCUAUAAAGGGGGUGAUGAAUAUGACAAUCACUGUGGCAAGGAGCAGCGCCGGGCAGUGGUGAUGAUCUCCUGCAAUCGACGCACCCUGGCGGACAAUUUUAACCCUGUGUCUGAGGAGCGAGGCAAAGUCCAAGACUGUUUCUACCUCUUUGAGAUGGAUAGCAGCCUGGCCUGCUCCCCGGAGGUCUCCCACCUCAGCGUGGGCUCCGUCUUACUUGUCACGACGGCUGUGACUUUGUGUGCCGAUCUAAACCCCGAAACGUGCCUGCUGCGUACCGCGGUGUGGGGGAUGACCAGCUGGGGGAGGAGUCAGAAGAAAGGGAUGACCAUUUAUUACCGAUGUGAUCGCACUUUAAAUGUCCAGCUUCUUCAGCCCCCAAACCAAAGCAUACUCAGCCAGAUUUCUAAAGCAGCCUCCACUCCGGUCCCUCAUCUCCCCCUUAAUACUGCUCUUGCUUUCCGGUUUGCUUUUGGUUUGCACCCACUUCUCAGUGGUAGAAACACCUUCCCUUUGCUUCCUGUUUUGCUGUCCCUCUUGAGGUGCAAUUGUAGGACAGAGACGGUGCCACAGGCCGACGGCAGGAGAGGCUGUUGCACCCUCUCUCACUAUCAGAAGGUACAGCAGGAGAGUUAUGGGAACAAAAGGGUGUGGCAGGCUCCUUGACCCUUUCUUUUUUAAACACAUUUUCACAAGUUUUUGAGACACUGGAUUUCUUU